AUGGCGAAGGGCGGCCCCUUUGCCCCACUCGACGGUGCCCGCAGCCCCUUUUCCCUGCUUGUGUUCGCCUCGAUAUGCACCGCGUUCACUGGACUGCAGGACGUGUUCCUGGCGGCGUGGCUGCAGCAGCUGCUGACGCUCCGCUUCUUCUCCGCGGCGCGCGUGGGCGACCGGCCGUGGCGGGACGUCGUUGCACUCACCGUCGUCGUUAUCGCAACGCAGGCAUGCGGCACGACAGUGGCGUACGGAAACUACACCUUGAGCUUGGCGGCCAACAUCGUCGCCUCCUGCCAUGUCGCGGUUGCCAACGUGCUGCCAUGUCUUGCUGACUCGCUCUUCCGCUUCACCUACAGUGUCCCUCCUCCCUCCCUCUCUCCCUCUCUCCCUCUGUCCCCCUCCCUCCCUCUCCCUCUCCCUAUCACCCUUUGGUCCACUGCCCACCUCUUUCUACUCGCUCCAAAGUCACUUCUGCCCUCCUGCACCCCUCUCCCUUUCCUCCCGCUCCCCUCCCCCCACCGCAGGCGCUCACCACACCUGCAUCCGCUCGUCUUCCCCCUCGUCUCCGCCUCUAUCUGGAGCUUCCUCUCGCUGCUCUCCCCCUUUGGCGCCUUAGCCCACCCGUUCUACUCGCUGUGCACCCUGCUGCCGCUCGUGCAAGCCACGUCAUUUGUGGGCAUGGAUGGUGUCCUGCUGCUGGUGGACUGGUUGGUGGCGGGUAUUCACCAGAUGAUGUGCGAGGGGGAUGCGGCGGGGAUGGGCGAGGAAGGGUGGAGCCGGGGUCGGAGAGGGGGUGGGAGUGGGGGUGAGGUUGGGGAGGAGGGGGGCGGGAGAGGGGAAGAGCAUAUGAGGUGUCCUGGGGAGGGGGAGAGGGAGAAGGGUAGAAGUCAAGUGUUUGGUGAGGCCUGCAGCGGUGUUAGUGCAGUGAGGAAUGGAGUAGUAGGAGGAGAAGGGGCAGGUGCGGUAAGGGGAAGAGGUGCAGUUGGGGGAAACAACAGGCUCGGGGUAGGCAGCAGCGGGAGGGGCCAUGUUGGAAUAAGUGUGGCACUGCUGGUGGUGCUGAUGGCUGCCGGGUCAGCGCGAGAGAUUGUGUUCUCAUCCAGAUUCUACCAGCAGCUGGUAGGAGCACCCAUCAUGCCCUCCGUCCCUGUCUCCUGCAUCAUCCUGCAAGCCCCCACCGAAGCCAUCCCUCCCAGGGAUCCGGAAUCGAUCCACCUGCUUUCUGCUGCUGCUAAUGCCUCCACGUCUUUGCCCACGCUCUCCGUGCUGAAGGGAUACGGGGGAGAAGGGGAGAAGUGCAGGGGGCAGGGAGAGUGUCAACAGGGGCGGAAUGGAGAUGCAGAAGGGGCAGUAUAUGCAGCAGCAGUAGGGGAAGGAGCAACUGGAAGAGCAAAAACAGCAGAUGGGGUAGGAGAAGCAGCAGCGCCGGCGAAAGGGACGUGGGAGGAAUGGGAGGCGCGGCGUGUGUCAGGCAUAGCACGGGUGAUGCAGCAGACGCAGCAGAGAGCGAGUGCAGGCGAUGCGUUGAUCCUGUGGUCAGAGGCUACAAUCAUUCUGCUGUACGACCAUGAGGAGGACAAGCUCCUGGCUGACCUCUCUGCCUUAGCCAUCGCUGCCAGGGCCAGCCGCACUGCCGCCGCUGCUGGGGAUGCUGCAGCUUCACCAGUCCUUGGGCCAUACCUGGGCGUUUCAUACGUGAAGCUCAUCACCUUCGUCCCGGAAAUCUUCAUCAACACGUUUGUCCUCAUCGACCCCAGCGGCGCCCACAUCCUGCACUACAACAAGUCGCACCUCUUUCCCUCUGUGGAGGCGGACGUCCUGCCGGGCUCCGGCUCCCUACCUGUGGUGGACACAGAAUUAGGGAGAAUGUCCGUGGCCAUCUGCCUUGACAUGCAGUUCCCUGCACUCAUCCGCCAGGCCGGCAGACAAGGAGUGGACAUUCUGCUGGAGCCCAGCUGGUCGUGGGGCGCCACAGGCCACCUGCUUUCUGAUGGAGACGCAGUGAGAGCGGCAGAGAAUGGCCUCACUCUUCUGCGUUGCUGCUCCGUUGGGGUUUCAGGAGUCGUGUCUCCUCACUACCGCACCCUUGCUGCACGGGAAGGGCUAUCUUCUGGGACGCUCUCAAUGAACCUGCCCCGCCUGCCCCAUGCCCCAGCACUCUACCCCUUCAUUGGCCUACCCAUCUCCCUCCUCCUCCUCUCCCUCACCCUCCUUGCAACAUUUCUUGCCGUUUGUCCCGCCCUUAUAAAAUUCCUUUUUGUCACCCCACCCUGCUCGUUGCUGCCUCACCCUCUCUGGUUGGCUGGGCAGCAGGGGGAGGGGGAGAGGGAGAAGGGGCAGAGCAGUGGAGAGGGUAUAGAUAGUGAUACAUGA